AUGUGCUUUACAUCAGCUUUCGCCGGUGUGUACCUGGAAAAAAUGCUGAAAGAAAGCACUACAUCUGUAUGGAUGCAGAACAUUCGUCUAGCGCUCAUUGGAAUCCCGAUAUCAGUCAUGUCGAUGUGGAUCUAUGAAGGAAAACAAAUUUACGAAGGUAACCUUUCCAUCAUUGAUGCUGUCGUAAACGUUUUCUUCCAUAAGAAAGCAGCUGCAAAUCGCUUAGAAAGAACAAUGGCGUACGUUCCUAGCCUGUCAUGGUUAUAG